AUGUCUUCCCAAGAAGCCCAGCAAGGUUCCGAGGACGUCAAUGACUUCCUGUUGCGCAUCAAAGAGCUCUCCCACAGAAGAGAUUCCGAGGACGAAGAGCGCAACCGGAAACUGGAGGAGGAGAUCCUGCAAGGCCGGGCAGAAAGACAGGCUCGGAGGGCUGAGCGCGCCAGAUCCAUUUCCCCUACCAAGUCCUCUCCUGCUAGUACGCCGACUGCAUCGAGAGCAUCUGCGGUGCCUAUAAAUGCUCAGUCCCAAUCGUCGUCCCCAAAAGUCGAACCGAAGGCGGAUACCGAGCCCCAACGCGGGAUGGGGGUUAACGACGACGCGAUGGACCGAUUGAUGGGCUCAACAUCUCCAACGAAGGAAAAUACUUCUCCCUUUGAUGCUGAUCGCGUCAUAACCGAGUCGGACUUCAAGCGGAACGUCUCCGUAAAACCUUCGCCCUCAAGUGCCAUGCCCUCAAGAAAUUCACCCCUCUCCUGGCAACGACGUCCAAAUUCCCAAUCCUCUGAUCGCGUACAGAGCCGCCCCCUCUCUAUGCUCGCUACAGAAAACGCUGCACGAUCACCUCGAGCCACGCCCGCGCCUGAAGUCUCGCCGACCGCAGAGCCCACGAGAGAGCAGAUCGCACAGUCACUCGCCUCGAAAGACCCCGCCUGGUUUCGACAAACUGCAGACAGGGGAUUGAAUUCGCCAGCAUACAGGAAGAAUCAAGUGGAGGACGAGGAGAGAUCGGAUCACGGAUCGAAUUCUUCUCGAGUACAAAUGCCAGGGAUGUUGCGACAAUCCUCAGAACCAGACAAGGUGGGGGAGGAGGUGGCAGAUCGACCUAGCUCACCCUCCAGGAGCAGUGUUUCGUACGGCAGUGGCUCUCGUGCGUCGUUCCAAAACAGUGGUAGACUUCCUGGUAUGGGUUCUCCCAUGCCAAUGAGUCCGGCGCAGAGACUCGAUCCCCCCACGGAACCUAAGUCUGAAGGUCGUGGUCUUGCCAUGUCUCCAUCUCAAGGUCGAAUAUCGCCGGACAGAAUGGACAGGCCACCAUCUCCAACGAAAGGCAUGGGUGGAUUCGUACAAAGUGCUAUGAUGAAGAGAUCUGAUAGCGUAAACAAAAGAUGGAGCGUUCAAUCGCCUCCUGGCUUAAGCAGGGGCAAUUCUAUGGCCAGCAAUCGCAGCAGUGUUAUCGAGCCUACCACAGCUUCUUCACUAGGCAACAUUGUCAAUCCUACAGUCCGAGAACAGAAGCCGAGUAGCUUGAGCCGAGAGACUUCACCACGCCCUAAUUCAAGGCCUUCGUCAAGCCAUAGCAAUACCACCCUCAUUCAAGAGCGACCUGGCACUUCAAACUCGAUGAAGAGCACAAUGACAACAUCGACCACUAAUGAUGGAUUCGUUAAGCCUGCUCUACCACCCUCCCGAACCCAAACACCUCUAGGGGUCAAAACCAAUCAGCCUGAGGAUUCCGAAAAACCCACCAGACGUGAGACAACACCACCUACAAGCCCAUCGAAGACAAUGGAUCCAAGGCGAUGGAGUCCCACAAAAUCCAGUUGGCUGGAGAGCGCGUUGAACAAGCCAGAUUCUCCAAAGCCAAAAGCUGUACCACCACCUCAACAGCCUGCUUGGAUGGCGGAAAUCAACAAGGCAAAGCAGAAAGGAAGUGUCGAUCUGGGUAGAAAUACGACUGGUGCUCCAAAGCAUGAGGUCAACAUUGGUGGGUUGAUGAGAUCUCCGCCCCCUGGUGGCAUCACGAAACCUGUGAGUAUAGGAGGCCUCCCAGCUGGAUUCGCGGCAGGAACAGUAUCUAGGAACAAGGGUGAAAACGCCUCUCCUGAAGCCAGAGACUCUCCAAAGCCAAGCUAUUCUAUCGACUCUGCUGCAAGAUCAUCGCCAGCAAAUGGAAAAUCCAAACCCGAGACUCCUCCCAAGAAGGAUUUCCGUGCGAAUCUCAAACCCCGUGCACAACCGGCAGACACAGGCGGUUCCAACGAGCCGGAGUUCAAGAAUGUAUUCGGCCAACUACGACGUACCAAGACCCAGAAUUAUGUCGCCCCUGAUGAGCUCAAAGCCAACAUUACCCGCGGGAAAGCUGCUUUGAAUCUUACUGGUGGCCCAAAGAAGACUGAGCGUGUCGAUGAGUUCAAGGAUGCAAUCUUGAAGAAGAAGGAAGACUUCAAGAAGGCACAGAGCGAAGGAAAAGGAGUUACCAGAUCUGCUAGUGGUGGAAGUCAAGACGCUCCACUACCAGAAGCUAUUGCGAAACGUAGAGCUUUGGGCAGAUCUGACUCCAUCAUCUCGGAAACAGGUAGCUUGGAGUUGAAGCCUCGAGCUUCGGAGUCUCCAAAGCCAAGUCUCGUGAAGGAAGAGAGCGCACCCGGUCGGCUCCAGAGCAAGGAGACUCCAGCCAGCAAGCUCGCUGGUCGAUUGAAUCCGGGGCUUGCUGGAUUGUUAGCAAGAGGACCGCCUCCUAUAGCCAGUGAAGGUCGAUCGUCCAGUCCUGCUCAGUCUCAGCGUACUGCCAGUAUCAGCACUUCCACUUCCGAGCCUGCUGAGCCUGGUCCUCAGCUCACACAUAUGACAAAGGGUCGUGCUCGUGGUCCUCGAAGAAAGGCUCCCACGAGCACCCCUUCUGCUUCGAGUACUACUGACAGUGUAGCUGAGAAGCCAGCAGUCGUAGCAGAAGCUCCUAAGCAGUCCUCUCCGAUCGAGAUCAAGACCACGCCGAAAGUACUGGAUCGCAUUCAAUCGCCGGUAAAAGACUCGGAUCGUGCUCCAUCUCCAGCUAAGGAUCUUGGUCGCGCGCCCUCUCCAGCCAAAUUCGAAGGCCGUCCUCGAUCUCCGACCAAAGUUCUGGAUCGUCUCCCCCAAUCGCCAACGAAGGAUGCCGACUCUCCAGUAUCGCAAUCAUCUUCUCCUCGCAAGUUAGAUAUGAAGAGAAGAUCACAAUUUCUUCAGGAUGCUGCGAAGCAGGACCUCAAAGCACAGUUGGACUCCCCCAAGCCACUGUCUCCUACGAAGAAAGCUAAUUCCCCCGAGAUUCCUGUAAAACCAGAAGUACCAGAAACUAUCGUCAAACAGGCCCCUUCGCCGAAGCCGAAACCCAGCACACCUAUCAAAUCACCUUCUCUAUAUAAAUCUUCUGUUCGGUCACCCGUCACAUCUCCAGUCGAAUCCCCAGAAACCGCAAGAUUCCGUCCCCAGCCACUAUCACCAAAAAAACCUACGCCAGUCGAGCAACCGUCCUCGUCGCACAAAGCAGUGGUUCCUUCUCCGGAGAAGGUUGAUCGCGAACAUACUGUAUCCGUUAAGAAUGCUACAUCGCUAUGGGGCUCAUCUUCAAUCUCAGCCGAUACUCCUCCACGUGCCCGAUCUCCUAUCAAGCUCCCAACUCACGAGGAUGAGAAGGCUGCCAUGGUCGGCGCUGGCUUGCGGCCUGCCAGCCCUGUCAAAUCAAACGCAGCUAUCGGUCUUGGAAUCCAAGCUCGAGCUCGCCCACUUCCUACCCCACCAGCAAAAGGUCCAAUGUCUCCACCUCCGAGCGCAGGUCCUAGAUCAGCUGGCUUUUCCAAGAAGUCUUUGGAUAUAUCAGUACCUCAAGCAUCCGAAGCAUCUCAAUUGCUAGGUGAUUUCUUUGGAGGGAACCGUCAACAUUCCGAGUAUUCGGUCGACACAGCUGAGCUUUUAUCCUCACGGCCUGAUGCAGGUGACAGGAUUGAGACCCUGCGGGCUUCUCUCUACCAAUUCUCGAACGAUGGGAAGAAACAAGAGGUUCCUAGCCACCAAGAGAGAAUUCUCUUCGAAGGGAAUCUCUAUCUCUGUAACCAUACCUUUGAGAAUGCUGCAGGAAAGAAAGUUACCGAAUCAUAUUUCUGGCAGGGUGACAAUGUUCCUAGUUCUGUUGUGGACGACAUUGGAAUAUUUGCCCAGAGAGAAGCUAGGAGUGCCGGGGGGAAGCUGAUCAAGAUCCGCCAAGGCAAAGAGACUCCAGAGUUCUUUCAUGCUCUGGGUGGAAUUAUCAUUAUUAGAAGAGGCUCGUCUAAUAAAUACGACUCGCUCGCUCCUCACAUCUUGUGCGCCAGAAAGCACUUUGGACAGAUAGCUUUUGAUGAGGUUGAUUUCUCACCCGCUAGUUUAUGUUCUGGGUUCCCGUAUCUGAUUUCAGCGCAAUCCGGCAAGGCGUAUUUAUGGAAAGGAAAGGGCAGCGGAAUCGAUGAGCUCAGCUGUGCCAGGCUGAUUGGUAUGGAUUUUGGUCUAACUGGCGAGAUUGAAGAGGUUGAGGAUGGUAACGAGCCCGCAUCAUUCUUGCAAAUCUUUGGGAACGGUGCCACCAUCCCCCAGUCUGCUGAUCAUUGGCGCAUGAAGCCUAAUUACAACAAAUACUGUGGACGGCUGUUCGUCGCGGACUCAACAGCCAGAUCCCAGAUUACUGAAAUUAGCCCUUUCUGCCAAACCGACCUCUCUGCUACUAAGAUCUACGUCCUCGACGCCUUCUUUGAAAUCUACAUCAUCAUCGGCUCCAAGUCGCAAUCCCAGUACCCCGCUUUCCAGAACGCCCUCAACUUCGGUCAAGAAUACGGCAUCCUUGCUGCCGGUAUGGAAGACCGGCCGUUCGUCCCAGUCACUACUGUUGUUCUAGAAGGUGUGCCUAAGGAUAUGAAGAGCGUUUUUAGGAAGUGGAUAGACCGUCUAUCGAUUACGUUGUAUAACCCUCCUGAGGGAGGACUGCAGCGUGGAAGGAGUCUGAGGGUUGUGCCGUUGACGGCGGCGUUGGAGGCAACAAGGAGUCCGUGA